UCAAAUUAAAAUGGAAAAAAAUUCAAAUGAGAUAAACAGAGGAAAUGAGUACAGGAAUAAUACCAGUAUUCAUUAAACAAUUACUCAAAAUAAUUAACCAAAAAUAACUUGUGUUCUUUCAGACCUCAGCAUUCUCAUCGAAGUAUUGACUUUAUCUCAGAUGUUUCUCUGGAGAAAUUAAAAAAGAAUACAAACGAGUCAACAAUCCAGUCCAGAGCUGAACAAUGAAUGUGGAGCUGAAGUACAAACAUCUGAAAGCAGAAAAACCUCAGUAAAACUAUUUCAUUUCUCUAUUUAAAAAAGAAGGAAACAAACCUGAACAAAGAAACAAACAAACCACAGAAAGGAGUGAAGAAGGGAGGGAACCAAAGAUGGGAGGAGCAGAAAGAGAGAGGAUCGGUGAUAUCAGUCUGUCCUGAUAAAAGAAGAAACACAAACACACCUGAAUCACAACAUCUACAGAAAUGGAGAGAAUCACAUUGAUGUCUGUUCUGCUCACAGUCGUGCUCAGUUCGUCUCCGCGUCAGUAUCACUUUGUGAAUCAGAACAUGAACUGGACUGAAGCUCAGAGAUACUGCAGAGAGAAAUACACAGAUCUGGUCACUAUUAAUAACAUGAAUGAACAGAAUAACAUAAAUCAGCUCCUAAAGAGAGAGAAGAUCAGUGCUGACCGUGUCUGGAUUGGGCUGCAGGACACAUGGAUUUGGUCUCUGAAUAACUCUGACUUCUACAGAGGAAAUGAGUCUCAGUUUAGGAAUUGGGGAAAAAAUCAACCAGAUGGAGAUGGAGACUGUGUUUAUAUGGACAAUGAUGGACAAUGGCAUGAUGCACACUGUAGUACCCACCUAAUGCAUUUCAUCUGCUAUAAUGGCAGCAGUAAAGGAUUCGUCCCUGUACAGGAGAAAAAGAACUGGACUGAUGCUCAGAAUUACUGCAGACAGAAACACACAGAUCUGGUCAGUGUGAGGAAUGAGAGUGAGAAUAAUCAGAUCCGGAACAUCAUAAACCAGAACCUAACUUCAGAUAAACAUGCCUGGAUCGGUCUGUACAGAUUCUGGGUUUGGUCAGAUAACAGCAAAUGCAUAUUCACACACUGGAAAACUAAUGAACCCAAUAUCGGAGCUACAAAUAAAAGCAUCUGUGUAUCAACUGGUAUCAGUGAUGAAGGAGGAUGGACAGACGAGCUCUGUUCAGAUCAGCAUCUCUUUGUGUGUUAUGAUGAUACACUGGUUCUGAUCCGAGAGAAUAAGACAUGGACUGAAGCUCUGAGAUACUGCAGAGAUAGGGACAUGGACCUGGUGUCGGUGGAUUCAGAGCAGAUGCAGCAGCGGGUGAUGAAUGUGACCUCGAGCGCUCUCUCCGAUCACGUGUGGCUGGGUCUGCGUCACUCCUGCACAGUGGGGAUCUGGUUCUGGGUCAACGGUCAGACCGUGUGCUACAAUCAGUGGGCUUCUGGUAACGACACUGGACUGGACGACUGCGAUAAGACGGUGAGAUCCGGAGUCAUUCGGACCAACGAUAAUCACUGGAUCAGCCGCCCUGAAACUGAUAGAAAUAACUUCAUCUGCACCAAGUGAGUGCUGGAGAGUCACUGAUUACAUGUGAUCCAGAUUACAAAUAUUCAGUACUUGUAAUUAGAUUACACUACAUUUUAAAAUGCCUAUAAUUAGAGGACCGUUACUUUCUUAUGGAUUACAUGUUCACACAAUGCCAGUAAAUUAUUCAUUUAAUUAUAAAGUAAUCAAACAAUUCUCCGAAAACAUCAUUUAAAAUGUGAAAUCUAAUGGAUUAUAUUACUAAAUAAAGUUUUCAUUAUGUAUUUUGUAACCAAUAACAGACUAAAUAUGUAUAUAAUAUAAUAUAAUAUAAUAUAAUAUAAUAUAAUAUAAUAUAAUAUAAUAU